AGGACCAUUGGUUUGCAAUUUUGCUGUCGCGAGUCGUUGGAAGACAGAAAUCCUGGGGGUUUUUUUACUGACCAACGACACUCUCUUAGAAAAGGUUCUUGUUCCUUAAUGCGCUCGGGAAAGCGAAGUUGUACUUGAGAAGAAUAAAAACCUAACUUCUUUGAAGCAUUGCGACCAGAUAAGUAUCCUCUGACACUUCAUCUGAUGUGUUUUAGCCACGAGCAACUAGGAAGGGAGACAUUGCCUCCAGUCUUGGUGGUUACGCAGUGGAAAUUCUAGUUUCUGUAUGCCGCUACGACUGCUCUAACCACGCGAGCAUUUUGAGAGCGGUAAAGGCUCGGAGGACGGGGCGACGAUCUCUAGCUGGGCUUCCUCGUCAAAAUCAUCUUGCAGUCUAGCAGAGGCUGCAUGGUCGCGAGCUGCGUAAUUGGACGUCGCUUGACCGCUUCGGCUAUGACGACAAGAGCGACUUGCACACAAGUCGUUCGUUUUUGAUCUACUCAACCAUUGGCGCUGAAGUGGUUUUGUAUGAUCCGACGGGAGUUGCAGUUGAUCUUCGACAAGCAUUUAUUUAGGAACAGGUAAAGCUAAAGCAGGUGCAGGAUUUUGUCAUGUGGUUACUUUUGUGUGAUAAGCGAAAUCGGUGUUGCGGUGAACGAGCUGCAGAGUCCAAACAGAGUUCAUGAGCCUUGAUUAUCACUAGAAGCACGGAUAUAUACGUUGGUGGAUAGAUCAUGGUUUUCGCUUUUGUUGUUUGUUUGCUAAAAGAUAUGUGACGACUGUGCAGAGCACACGCACAGAAUACUUCGUAGACUACACGCGUGGAUGUGUUUAUUCUUGCCUUUGCAAAUCAGCAGCAGCCUAAUUCCGCUGAUUUGAGGACCUAUACCGAAAUGAUUUCGUUUUGGUCGAAGGGUUGAAAGAAAAAAAUUUCCUCAACUUAAAUCAGAUGAGUGAUCUGAGCGAGAACGAGGAUGUGGAUGUGGACAAGAACGACAACGUCGUCGUGGAAGAGCGGGCGAAACUGGAUUUGGAGCGCCAGCCCCCGCGCGCGCGGUCUCCGUCCAAGCAGCCGGAGCGCGACAAGCGGGCCGGGUAUGAGGAGUUCUGGAAAAGGCCGGACUCGCGGGGACGCGCCCCCGCACCACCUCCCCCUGACACAGUAGGUCCUCCGCGGCGCCGCAGCGGAAGCCGCGGUCGACGCCGGUCCCCACCACGAGCACCUCCAGGGAACAACAGAUCCGCGUCCCCCGGUAGGAGUAGAUCCCGAAGUGGGACAAGCAGGCGCCGAGUGUCCGCACCCCGCGGCCCGCCACCUGCGGCGCGCAGGGCCAGAUCCACUUCGCGUAGCUUGUCACGGACCCUCCUUUCCGGGCCCCGUCGUGGUUCCCCCGGCCGCAGAAGAGAGCGUCCGCGCUCGGGAGACAGCCGGCGGCAAGCAAGGCCGCGUUCCCGCGGCCGUUCCCCGGGUGGUCCGAGAAGAAGCCGAGGUCGACGAAGAUCCUCCAGUGCAGCCCGGAGACGAGGGGGACCCGAGCACUACUACCAACAUGGCGACGCGAAGGGCGGGAAGGGCGAGGGAAAGACGGGCGCCGGCAAGGGUUCGGGGGGAAAGGAGUGGCGCGAGGAGCUGGAGAGGAUAAUCUAUGUGGCAGAAUCCGAAAAGAUAAAGAAGGUGAUGCGCACGCACGAAGACCCGGAUAUGCGCGAAAAAGUGAAGCGGAUGAUGACGCUUUUUGACGCAACCCUGGAGUCCGAAGCCGAGGGGGGCAAGAACAAGCGCGCCUCGAAAGAGCGCAAGAAAGACGAGGCCAAAGCAGGUGAGAGCAAUGAAGACGAGGACGAAGAAUCGGAUUCCGAGGAAGUGUCGGAUUCGCAGCUGUCGGAAGGUGCCCCCACUGCGGAUUUACGCAGAGGUUCGUACGACGACGAGGAUGCCCAGGAUUCCAUGAUGGAAGUGCGCCGGCGGCUGUGCGCAAUUUUGAAUGGGUGUGACCCAGGACCAACGGGUCACCCUGCUGAGAAGGCGGCAGCGAAAGAGGAUUCAGAGCCGCUCUCGGACAUGUCUGAGAUGUCUGAUUAUUCGCCGAACAAGGAACUCUGCGAGGCGAGGAGAAUUCGGGCUAGAGACGCGCACCGCGGUGGGAUGGACCGCGCAGUAUACCGGGAGAGUAUUACAAUGAAAAAUGCCCCCUCCCCAUAUCAAAACGGAAAUCUGUGAUGCAGAUUUGGGGUCACAAAUCAGCUUUGUGAUGCUAGACGGCAAAAGAUGCGGACUGUAGUGCUGUCUAGCGUGGGAAAGCCUUGCAGCUCCAGGAUGACAGGAGGCAACUGGAAGUGGGAAACAGCAUGACAGAGUGCCUGCAAUUUAGGCCGCAGCUUCGUCUCUUGGCCUUCUAGCAAUACAAGUCGACUUGUGUACUCAAAUACAGCAUAUCUGGUUCGCCCAUUUUGUCAUCUGUCUGGUUCGCUCAUUUUGCUGCCACGACUGUUUGGUCCCCGGUCCCCUGAGGCGGGGGGAUACGGGUUACCUGGUCGGGAUGUCGCGCGGAAGGUGUCUCUCACGUCCCUAGCUCUUCGUACUCGCCGCUGAGUACAGUCGAGCGCCUUGGUUGAUUGCCACACUGUUUCAUAGUGCUGAAACGACCCGGCUUUCACUAGGGGGAGCAUUCGUACACUUUGUGCCCUCCGGGACUAUGCCUCUGCUUCCGUCUAAACUGAGGGGUCCACUUAUCCCUCUCGGUAUUCGGUCGCAGGGAAGGGUUGCCGGGGUCUCCCUCGCAUCGGUUCUCGAUGUCGGGUGUGAGUUUGUGACUGCGGGGGCAGUGGUUGGCUUAGGUUUGUGGAGUACAUCUGAAAAGAGGCUCCCACUCCUUCUUCCAGGUAGCGAUCCUAGAUCGCCGCCACGCGGAGCCACCCCCGUAUUUCACCCCCAGGGGGUUGUGGACCUGGCAAAACCGAUGAGUUCGGGCUGCUGACUGUUCCACCUCUUCCGAGAGCGAUCAUGUUACGCCUCACGCCUCAAAUACAGCAUCACAAAUUCGCGCAUCUUCCGUUUCCGAUAUGGGGUGGGGGCUUUUUUCACUUUGAUAGAGAUUAUGGAGAAGGAAAAUCGGACAAAUUUGAAAAACAAAGUCCGCGCCUUUUUUGAUUGCAGGAGCAAGAAGAGGGGCGCGGAGGCGUUCUGGAACAAGAAGGGGGUGGAAGAGGGGGUGUGUGAGGUCCUGAGCCACCUCGCAACCUCGGAGUUUGACGACGCGCAAGCGCGCGGGGUGAUCGACGGCCACUGGUUUCCCGCAGCGAAGGAUGUGGAUCCGGUGUGCUCGCUGGGGUUUGACUUGAUCAAUGCCCUCAUCUCCUUGAUGACAUUCGACACGGGAAUGUCGGUGAGGAUGGUAGAGGACGUCAAGCGCCGGUUCUUCUGCGGCGCGCAAGACACGCCGCUGCUGAAGAAGGGCGGGAACGAAGAGAAUCAGAAAAAAGAGAAGGAGUUCUUCGAGAAUAUCAACACGGACUUGCCGUCCUCGAAUGAGAUACUAGCCGGCGUUCACGACAUUUUACCAGGCGUGGGGGCUGAUGUACAAAAUUUGCUUGCAGACAGUCUCGGACAGCAGUUGAAGGUCGGGCGCUAUUCGCUGAAAGAAGUUCUCCGGAAAAGGAUCCAGGAAGUGCAGGAGAAGCAGCGCCAGCGCCGUCUCGCUCGCGAGGACCAGCGAGCGGAAAGAGCGUGGAUCAAGGAACAAAGGGAAUGGGAAAAGGACCCGAAAAUGCUUGAGCAAGCCUUGUCUGGGAAACGGAACGCGACUGUGCACCGGACCGAACGGCAGAAGCACCGCAACGAGGCUGCCGACCGGAAGGAGCAGGCCGGAUCGGGGCCGACCACCCGACACGAAAAACUCCGAGAGUACGCCAAGUUGUGGCUGAAAGUCCACCCGGGGUAUCGACCCACCAAAAUGCAUUGGCAGCAGGUAAAGAUUGUGUUUGGGAAACCGCGAUUGAGAUUUUAUAUUUUAAGAUUUCAUCCACAUCCCGGCUGCUCUUCCUCUUCCGAAAAGGCGCUUACUUUUUAGCGCACUUUUAAUGCCACACCGCCGUGGUUCGACUUCGAAUCAGGUAGGCUGUAGAAUUUGGAAUCCAUAUUCGAUUCGUUCUUGAGCUCGGGAGGUCGUUUGUCCCUGUAAAUGCGCACUCCUGCCGCGGAUGUGAACGCUGCGCGCGGCGCUUCAUUGUUGGCAUGCUCGGUUCGGAUAGCCGCAGCGUCGCGUGGUCUACUGUUCAUCUCCGCUCGUCUUUCCACUGACAUGAUGUCUUUUUCCCAUUUUCUACAGAUGCAGGCCAUCUCGAGUAUUGUGGAGCAGCGCAACGACGAUAUUAGUAAGGAUGACCCAAAGUCUGGAAAGCGCAUGUUGUUGCGCGGUUUGUUUAUGGCCCGCGAGUAUGAGGAGCUGUGGGAAAACGAACGGGGCUAUUGCGACCAGGCUCGACACAAGUACAUGGAUUUUCAGCCCGGGGCGGAGUUUUAUCGCGAGUUCGGGAAGUGGUGCUUCGAGCAGUAUUGCAAGGGCAAGGGACUGGACCCGAGGGAGGAGCGGGAACGCGCUCGAGCCCGCCGGGACCGCUACGAAGGCAAAGGGUUCUACUAUGAGGAUUUUUACAAGGGGAAGGGCAAGUAUGACGAUUUUUACAAGGGCGGAAGGCCCGGGGGCUACUACGAUGACCGCGAUAGGAAUAAAAGUGGCUACAAGGGAGACCGCGAGGACCGCUACUACGACUACGCCUACAAGGGGUACGAACCCGAAUACUAUUCGGGUCAGGGUCCUGGUUGAACAGCUUAGCCUCUCUUUAGCAUACUUAGCAAGUCCGUGGUCCUCAAUAAUACUAUCUAUGAGCGACGGCAUAACCGACUAACCUGCCGUGCAUCGGCAAGCGCGAAUGGCGCCGCUGCCAAAGAGAAUUUAUCUUGGAACUGGCAUAGUACCUAAGAGAACGAAGAUGGAGAAAUCUUAAGAUUCUUGCAUCCACCUUGCGGUUGCGUUUAUGAUAUCAAUCAAACAGUAAGUGCAACAUCAUACCGGCUACCUGUCUGAGUUAAUCAGACUGUCUGUCGCUGCGUGUUCUUUUGCGAACACAGAUGUGCAGCAGCUGGCAUCGACUACAUCUACAGCAGCCGCAAAGUCGAUUUGAAGAUAAAGGUUUUUAUAAAGUGAAGUUGAGGAAAGCGAAUCAUUCGCUUUCUUGUUUCCAGGGCCACCCCCGCCUCUUUUGCAAUUUCAUAGCUUGAAAGGCGACCGCUACGAAGACCGAGACCGCCACAUGGGCGAUCGCUACGAAGAGCGAGAACGCGACCGGGACCGCUCUCCCCGAGCUGUCAAAGAGAGUUCGACCUAUGACAACCGGGAUCGGGACCGUGACCGUGACCGUGAGCGCAAUCGGGAGCGCGAUAGGGUGGACCACGACAGUAGCUACAAGGGCGGGCACAGAGGCGGGUAUGACGGCCCUUACGAUAAAAGCUAUGGAAUAAAAGGAGGUCCUUAUUACGGAAGCGGACAUUUUGGAGGUCGUGGUCGUUCGCGAUCUCGGUCUCGUACCCCACCGAGGAAGCCGGUUGUUGGCACGUCGCGCUACAGUUAG